AGUAAAAUCCGCAGAUUUAACUGUUCGGAAUAGAAAUCGCUCCUGAUCGGUUCCCGUCCGAAAGAGAAUUUCUGUUGUCCAAUUUUCUCUUCUUCUUCUCUCUCCUUCUCUGUGAUUCCCAGAAAAACUUCGAUUUUCUAGGGCGUCUGAAAUUUCUGCUGUAAUUGUUCGUUAUUUCCAGAAAGGCGUCGAUUUGAAAGGAAUUGGGAGAGUUUCCCCCCAAUUUUAGACGGAUUUUAGGGUUCUGGUAUGAAGGUAUGGGCCUAGGUAAGACAGAUCUGUCGGAUGAUCGGGGUGGGGCCGGCGGUGAUAAACGGCUGUCGUUUGUCGCGUCGUCCUCUGUGUUUUGCUCCAUUUGUCUCGAGGCAGUGACGAAUAAUGGGGAUAGAUCGACGGCGAAGUUGCAAUGUGGGCACGAGUUUCAUCUUGAUUGUAUUGGUUCAGCUUUCAAUGCUAAGGGACAGAUGCAGUGUCCCAAUUGUCGAAAAGUUGAGAAAGGUCAAUGGCUCUAUGCAAAUGGUUAUCGGUCAUUUCCAGAGUCUAGCAUGGAUGACUGGACACAUGAUGAGGACCUAUAUGACCUAAGUUACUCAGAAGUGCCAUUUGAUAUUCAUUGGUGCCCAUUUGGCCUAACACGGUUGACAUCAUCGUUUGAGGAUGGGGAAUCACCACCAAAUCCUUAUAAUGAUCUAUUAGGACAUCAUGCCAUCUUUGCCGAACAUAUAGCAGCUUCGUCGGCUGCUGCUCAUUCGUGCCCAUAUAUUUCUUACUUCCAAUCGAUUCAACCGCUGCCCUCUGCAAAUUCUUCUGAAAGUGUUGAUGGCCCUUCUUUCCAUCAACCCUGGAGUGGCCUCUCUGGGCCCAGUGACAUCCCAAAUUCACAGGCUUUUCCUGCCACCGAUUUCCAUUAUCAAAAUUGGGAGCAGCAUUCUUCUCCAUUUCCUCCAACUAGCAGCCGUACCGAUGGUGCCGAUCAUUCUUCUUCUUCUGCAGUGCUGAGAUCCACAAGGCCUGAUUUGGAUGGUCUGCUAAGAGCAGGCCCUUUUGUGCCUCCGUUUCUUCAUGGAUCUGCUUCAAGAGCUGGUGGCUCGGUCAUCUCCUCAAUGGUCCCACCACCCUAUCUCGGCAACUCGCGGCCUCCUGCCCGCGUUCACGGUUUCCAUUCAUAUCAUCAACAACCCAAUUUGUCAGGUGUGCGGGGGCCCAUUUUCUCUGGCGGGAGAAGAUCUGGAGGCCCAAGGGGCUUGGCUCCUGCAGGGCCAGCACCCUCGUCCUCCUCUGAUCAGGCCGGCCUCUACUUCUUCCCUUCUUCCGGAUCAUCUGUUCCGAAUCUACAAGAGGCAGACAACCACUUCUACGCAUGGGAAAGAGACCGUUUUGCACCGUACCCGUUGGUCCCCGUGGACAGAGAGUCGAGCUUGUGGGGUCCAUUCCAUCAGGCCACCACCGGUGGAUCAGAUUCAAUCAACAGGACGGGCUUCCGGCACAGGCAUGGCUCCGAGAGGCCAUUGUCGCAUGGGCAGACAGAGACCUCUCCUUACCAGCAUGACCUCCCUCGGACACAUCCAUUCAUCUGAGGAGUUGCAGGGAUUGAAACACAAUCGAACAUAUGGAAAUGUUGUAUGCUCCAGAGCAUGUAAAUACUGAUGACUCUCUAUCAUCCACUCAGGUGAUCCCGAUAAACUGGAACGAUCUUUUGGUGGUCACAUGGCCUAUUUGGUGCCUCUGGCUUUUUCCUCUAAUUUCCCUCCUCGAGGAACAAAAUGCAAUUCCCCUUUGGAAUUGGAAAGAACAAAACUGGAAACAAAUGAUAAAAGGGGGAAUGAAGCCGUGGCAGUUCUGGUGUUUGUUUGCUCUUUUGGAGCCUGACAAUCUGAUGCAAUUCGAUUGCUGGUUCCAGCUUUGCUUUA